AUGGAGAAGUGCGCAGAGAAAGAACACAUGAACUGGAAGAAUGGCGGUCAGAGUGGGUGUGUGUACCACGGUGGUGAGGAGUUAUACGAGAUGCAAGGGAAAGUAUUGGGGAUGUUCGGCCUUAGCAAUCUGCUACAUGCUGACGUGUUCACCAAGACCCGACAAAUGGAAGCCGAGGUUAUCGCAAUGACGCUCAAUCUGUUCAAUGGUAAGCCGGAUGAAGGAGCUUGUGGUUCCGUAACUAGCGGCGGAACUGAGUCAAUUCUGCUGGCGAUGAAGGCCUAUAGGGACUGGGGAAGAGCGGAGAGGGGUAUCACUGAGCCUAACAUCGUCAUACCUCGCAGUGCACAUGCUGCUUUCAUCAAAGCUGGACAGUAUUUUGGCAUAGACGUUCGGAUAGCUCGGCUUAAUGAGAUUAUGGACGUUGAUCUGAAUCAUGUCGAAACAUUGGUGAACAAGAAUACUGUCGCUAUUGUGGGCAGCUGUCCGCAGUUUCCUCAAGGCGUGGUGGAUAAUAUAGAAGGUUUGUCGAAGAUUGCGUUGGAUCACAAGACUAAUCUCCACGUGGACGGCUGCUUGGGAGGAUACCUCUUACCUUUUAUGGAAGAGAACGGCUUCCCCAUGCCAACGAGG